UUGAGACCGAAAUUUGUGUUUGAGGUUCGUGAACUAUUCGAGAAGUCGCCAUCAGCACGGAAGCAGUUUGUAAGCAGUGAAAACGUGAAUCGUGUUGGUUUUGCGCAGUCAAACGAACAGAUUGCUGGACCGUCGGGAAUCAUGAAGUCCGCAUUAAAGCAAACGGCAACGACGAAUGGAAACACAAGAACGCUCCUUUAUCCGUCACUUUUUGGUGAACGACAAAAUCUUGAACACGAAAGAGGAAGACUUCGGGUAAUCAGUUGUUAA